AUGGCAGAGCCACAGCAGCCACCAAAGGCCGAGCCAUGGUGGGCAGCGUUUCCGGCGCCCAAGGCACGUUGCCCGACGCUACCCGCAGACGAGCUGUUGAAACUGCUAGGGGACAAGAACGGUGCUGCUUCGGGGGAGGGCGACAUGCUGCUCGUCGACGUGCGCCGCGAUGACUGGAUGGGCGGCACAGUGGUUGGCUCCAUAAACCUGCCGGCGCAGAGCUUGUAUGCAACGCGCGGGGCCAUCUAUGACCUCUGCAGGAGGGCUGGGGUCAAGAGGGUCGUGUUUUACUGCGGGUCCUGCUCAGACGGCGGCAGGGGUUGGAAAUGUGCAAAUUGGUUCCAGGACUACGUCGACGAGAAGGGUGACACACAGAUUCAGGGGAUGCUGUUGGAAGGAGGAAUCAAGGGCUGGGUGAAACGGUUCGGGGGAAGAGGUGUAGAAGGCUUUGAUGAAAAAUGUUGGAAGUAG